AAAUUCUUUGUAGAAGUAGUGCAUUUCAUAUUUUAUAAUCUGAGUUCAGACAUUUGUUAUUAAUCAUCGCCUAUCAUUUCCCAUUCUAGAAAAGAUUGAUUAGAGACUGCGUCGGCGUGGUUUGGGAAGGAUCAUGGCUGAAACAUUGGUUUAUCGCGGUGCUUUAAAGGGUCAUGGAAACUGGGUUACUUCUAUUUGUACGCCUUUAGAUAAUAGUGACUUUAUAGUUUCAUGUUCCAGAGAUCGGAAAAUCAUGAUUUGGCAGAUCACGAGAGAAGAAGGUGCCUUUGGUGUUCCACGCAAAUCUUUGACGGGGCAUUCCCACUUUAUAUCAGACAUUGUGCUUUCUAGUGACGGACAGUUUGCUCUUUCAUCUUCGUGGGAUCAUACUUUACGUCUAUGGGACUUGACACAAGGAGUGAGCACUAGGCGUUUUGUGGAUCACACAAAGGAUGUUUUGUCGGUUGCAUUCUCAGCAGAUAAUCGACAAAUAGUUUCGGGCUCAAGAGACAGAACUAUUAAACUUUGGAAUACAAUUGGAGAGUGUAAGUAUACACUGACGGAAGAUGGUCACUCUGACUGGGUUUCUUGUGUGCGCUUUUCUCCUUCAACUGCCACUCCUUUGAUUGUUUCUUGCGGUUGGGAUAAAAUGGUAAAAGUUUGGAAUUUAUCCAACUGCAAAAUUCGCAGUAAUUUGGCUUCACAUACGGGAUAUUUGAAUACCGUUUCCGUGUCUCCGGACGGUUCUCUCUGUGCUUCCGGAGGAAAGGAUGGAGUUGCCAUGUUGUGGGAACUACAGGAAGGAAAGCAUUUAUAUUCUCUUAAUGCUAAUGAUAUCAUCAACGCUUUGUGCUUCUCACCUGUGAGAUAUUGGCUCUGUGCUGCUACAAACACGGCCAUCAAAAUCUGGGAUUUGGAAAAGAAGAAUAUUGUUGCAGAACUAUUAUAUGAGGAAGAAGUCUCCAAGAAGGCUCAAGUGCCUGCAUGUACUUGUCUAGCGUGGAGUGCUGAUGGUUCCACGUUGUAUGCGGGUUAUACAGAUAAUUCUAUUCGUGUUUGGACUGUGUCUUUGAGCUAUUAAAACAAGUAGAAUAAUGUUCGAGGUAGGGAAGGGGGAGAAGAAUCAUCGUGCUUAUCAGAUGAUUGCUUCUUCUAUCGGAACCUUGAUGAAACUCAAUAAAGAGAGAGAGAGAGACGUAAAUAAGUAGCUAAGAUGGACCACGUG